AUGAUGGAGCAGAUCCUCCGAGAUCUGUACAUCGAGCCGGACCUGCUGAACGAGCUGAGCGAGGAUCAGAAGCAGAUCCUCUUCUGUAAGAUCCGGGAGGAGCAGGUGCGCCGCUGGAACGUGCGUGAGUGCACAGAACCCGCUCCAGCCAGGAGAGCCAGGAGUGAAGGUAUCCAGUGGCUGCUGGGCUCGAACGGGGAGGUGUGGGUGUGGGUGAUGGGGGAGGCUACGGGAGACAAGUCCUACGCCGAAAUAUCGGAGCAGCUGAUGGAGGAGAGGGCCGUGAAGCAGGCCCAGCAGGAGGCACUGGAACUCCGGCGUGUGAAGGAAGCAGAAAUUGAAAAGAAGUUUCGGGAGGCCGUGGCAAAGGAGAAAGCACGUUUUGCGGCAGAGAAAUGGAGGGUGGAUAUGGAUGACAGAAAGGCCGCCAAGCAGGAGGAGGAGGAGGAGCGCAUUCGCAAGGCGCUGAAGAAACGUGAGGAAGAAGAGAGGCAGAGAGGCGAGGAAGAAAUCCGACAAACAGAGGAGAGGCGCGCGAAGGAGCUGUACAUGUCUCUGAAGCAAGAAGAAAAGGGGCGAGAGAGGGACGACAGGGAAUGGCAGGAGCAAUUGCGGCGCUCCAAAGCGGCUGACGAGGAGAUGACGCGCAAGGCUCGUUGCGCCAGGGACGAAUACAAGCGGCAGUCUCUGCGCGCUGUCCAGAAGGGCUCGAGCCAGAGUCGACGGCGCAGUGGCGUCCACGAACAGCCCCCCGCUCCCGGCGAGGCCAGCCAAUCACCAGUGGCCGAGGGAAGCUCCGUUUCCUCUGCAACUGUACAUUACUGCCGCAGGCACAACUACAGAUGCAGUGGUCCAGCAACACAAUCAGAGAGCUCGGUGUGUGCACGGCCAGCGUCCCGUGAUUCCAUCCUGCGAUGGUUCAAGGAGGAGCAGAUGCCCCGAAGAGCCUGUUACGAGAGGAACAGCAAUGCCAUCGCUCCCUGGUUCCACGGGAUCAUCUCCCGGCAGGAGGCAGAGGCCCUGCUGAUAAACGCCUCCGAAGGCUGCUUCCUGGUCAGGGUGAGCGAGCGGAUCUGGGGAUACACCCUCUCCUAUCGCUCAGCCUCAGGCUUCAAGCACUUCCUCAUCGACGCCUCGGGCGACUACUACGGUUUCCUCGGUGCGGACCAGAACCGCCACGCCACUUUAGCCGACCUCAUCGACUUCCACAAGGAGGAGGUGAUAACCACAUCUGGAGGUGAACUGCUGCAGGAGUCCUGUAAGCUGAGGUGCUCCAUUCAGGACUACGGGGGGCUUUUCCAGUGA